AUGCCACACUACUCAGACUUCCAGUCCUGGUUGGGUGGGAUGAUCGAAAUCCUGUUCUUUGCCGACUACCUCCUGUCUUUCACGGGACUCAGCCUGCUGCGCAGCAUGGUCCUCAAGGUUGACGAGAAGAUCAACGAGAUCAAGGAAAAGGUUGAGAUGAAGGUCUUGGGAUCAUCGUCGAGUGUAGCGCGCGAAUCGCAGGCUGCUGGAGCGGAGUUGAGACAGCGGCGAAAAUUGGAUGAGGUGGAGGAGGCAGUGGAUCUGUGA